AUGACGACUGGAGAGAAUUUGGCUCACUCCGACGACUUCAUUAGCUUGUUUGUCACCAGUGACAAAAAUUACAAAUCAACUGCCUUCGUCGACGCAAAUCCACUGGUAUCAUUCUACACAUUUUUCAUCUCCAAUCGUACCUCUACACCCUUACUCUACGAGUCAGCUCUUCAGCUCUGCGUACAGACAUACAACACUACUGUUAUCGAUGGGCAGACCUCCACAAACGUUCUUGCCACGUAUACUAAUGUGAAUGCUACGCUUGACUACACGAUCACUGUACCGGCAGAUAGUUCGGCGUAUCUCAUGUCGCGUUACUCCGUCAACACGAUGACAGAUUUCUUCAGAACUGUUCUAAGGGCUCGUUACGCUGUCAAGGAGAAUAACCCGAUCUAUGGUUCUGACGCCAUCGAAGUGCUCGUCGAUACGCUUCUUGUCCCGCCAUACGAUAUGGCAGCAAUGUCCAACUUUCUUCAUGGCUUGGCAACGAGUAUGACCAAUACACUCGAGCCAUGGAAAAUGUCAACCUUAGCUACACUGCAAGCAUUGAGCAGCGCAAUGCACGAAGAUCUAGGGCCGCUUCGGAAGCAAGCAGAAAUGGAAGAACAUGGGGACGAUCGCAUGGUCAGAUUGAGAAAAGGGGCUAUGGGUGGCUGGAGGCUUGUUGCUCAUGAAAACAAAUGA